UGAAUUGAAUCGCAAGUAAUGGCAGCCAUCCAAACUGCACUCAGUAGCAUUUUCUUCUCCAAGUAUCUCCAUUCCCUCUCCCAAACACCUCACAGGCUUAGGAAGAGAAUGUUAGCUACAUGGACUUCAGACCAAGAGCUCAACCAAGUUAGGCUAAGGUCUGGUGCAGACAUGAAGAGGAAACUUGGGUGGUAUGAUUUAGUAGCUCUUGGUGUAGGAGGAAUGCUUGGUGUCGGAGUUUUUGUCACAACUGGCCCUGUAGCCCUUCACCACUCUGGCCCAUCUGUCUUCAUCUCCUACAUCAUCGCCGGGAUAUCAGCCCUUCUUUCUUCUAUGUGUUACACAGAAUUCUCUGUAGAGAUUCCAGUUGCUGGAGGCGCCUUCAGUUACCUAAGGGUGACCUUUGGGGAGUUCGUGGGUUAUUUUGCUGGGGCAAACAUACUAAUGGAGUAUGUCCUAUCCAACGCUGCUGUUUCAAGAAGUUUCACAGAGUACCUGAGCUGUGCCUUUGGAGGGAAUCUGAACUCAUGGAGAGUUGAAGUCCAUGGAUUCACGAAGGGUUUCAAUAUGUUGGAUUUUCCUGCUGUUGCUAUUAUUCUUCUUCUCACUCUUUGUCUUUGUUACAGUACAAAGGAAAGCUCUAUACUGAACUUUGUAAUGACAAUCUUUCAUGUGGUUUUCUUCGGGUUUAUUAUAAUUGCCGGUUUCUUGAAAGGGAGUGCCAAGAACUUGGUAAAUCCAGAUGGCCUAGCCCCUUUUGGUGUUAAAGGUGUACUUGAUGGAGCAGCUCAAGUUUACUUUAGCUACAUCGGUUAUGACUCAGUCUCAACCAUGGCGGAAGAGAUAAGCAACCCUUCAAAGAGCCUUCCAGUGGGCAUCAUGGGAUCUGUCUUCAUUGUCUCUGGGCUUUAUUGCCUCAUGUCCUUUGCUCUUUGUAUGAUGCUUCCUUACAAUCAGAUACCAGAGAAAGCAUCAUUUGCGAUAGCCUUCCAAAGGAUGGGAUGGAAAUGGGCAAGCAAUAUUGUGGGGGCUGGUGCAAGCUUGGGAAUAGUGGCUUCUCUCCUAGUUGCCAUGCUAGGCCAAGCUCGAUACCUUUGUGUCAUCGGAAGGGCAAGGCUCGUGCCACUCUGGUUAGCCAAGGUGCAUCCUUCAACAGGCACCCCAUUGAAUGCUACACUCUUCUUGGGGGCUUUCACAGCAUCAAUUGCACUCUUUACAGAGUUGGAAAUUGUAGUUGACAUGGUCAACCUCUGCACAUUACUGGUUUUCUACCUGGUGGCCAAUGCUCUCAUCUAUCGGCGAUAUGUGAUCACUGUUAACAACCCCCCCUUUCACACUCUCCUGUUCCUUUCCCUUCUCUCAUGCAGCUCAAUUGCCUUUUCCCUGUCAUGGAAGCUCAAGCAAUGGUGGGGUCUCCCAUUAUUUGGAGGGAUCAUGAUCAUCAUCACUGCCUGCUUCCACUACUUUGCCCCUUACCCCAACCAGCCCAGUAAGUGGUCAGUGCCCUUCAUGCCAUGGCCGGCUGCAAUGUCCAUCUUCCUCAAUGUCUUCCUCAUGACUACACUAAAGAAGCUGUCACUCCAAAGAUUUGGCGUAUGGUCAUGUUUGAUAAUCUUGUUCUAUGUGCUAUAUGGUGUUCACUCAACCUACAGAGCAGAAGAGAUGGGGAUGGAUGCUGGAGGUGUGAAUCCAAACUCAUCAGCACAACAAACCAAGCUAGAUAUCCAACUACUUUAAUCAAAGGAAAGUUGUCUAUGGUGUCUUUUCCUCUUAUCCCUACUCUCUUUUUGAGCACCUGUCUUUUUGGUUUUUGGGGUUGCAAAUGUACAUUUCAUGGAAUUCCCAUUAAGCAAAAAAGAAGGAAUCCGCUCAAUAGAGACGAGAAUCUAGUGGGUGAAAUAAAAUCCCAAUAAUAAAAAAAUGCAAUUAAUUAA